AUGCAAAACUGUUUUGCUUAUGUGAAGGAUGAUGUCAUUCAUAUUCAUAGACACUGGGUUGGAGGAGAAAAGACCAAAGUCUUUCCUCUGAAUUUGCAUACAGAGUUUCAUGGAAGAGAAUUACAUUCCUUAUGUUUCAUCUCUGCAGAAACAAAAGCUCAUAGUUGGAUUGCAACAGGAUGCGAAGAUGGAUCUGUGAGAUUGACUAGGUAUGCAUCUGAGCUUGGAAAUUGGGAAACAUCAGAGCUAUUAGGAGAACAUGUUGGAGGCUCAGCAGUGAGAUCAGUUUGCUGCACAUAA